UUCAUCUGAUGAAGUCUGCUGAGAUCUUGACAAACUGACAAAAAGCCACUUUUACAUUGAAAAGAAGGAGACUGGCUUAUUUUAACUAGUUAAUGGUGGAUAUUAUUAGUCCAGUUUAGUUGUAAAAAUGACUGUUUUCUGUUCUUCGUGGUAAACGUGAUCCUCCGCCCCUUUCCUCCGCGCUGCGCCGCUCCGCAGACCCGGGCUCUCCAGUGGGACAGACCCACAUCUCGCUCGGACCACCCGGACCUGAAGCGACUGUUCUGUCUGCAGGGAUCACAGCCAAGCUGGACUCGCUGAUUGGUUUAAUUUUCUUGGUUUGGGUCGGUCUUAUCCAGAUGGCUUCAUAGUUCAACCACAGAACCCUUCCAGCUGGACACGGACCUGUUUCUGAGCUGCUGUUGACAAAGCCAAAGCCUGGAGCGAUCUGCGGAGCCUGACCACUCUCCAAUAGGAUUAACUGCAUCCAGGAACCCGUGUUCUCCUCAAGUUCUGCCUCUUUCAUUUGUUCAGCGAUGCAAACCAUCAGGCCAGAAACUUGGGACAGAAUUUGGCUUGUACCUAAGAAACAGAGAUAAUAAUCUGGUGAACAGUUUGGACCUUUCUUUGAAUCUUGGAAAAACCUUUGCAAGUUUUUUCCAGGCCCAAAUUUUGGAUCCCUGCAGAACUGAAGCUACUUUUAGGCUUCAGUUGUGAAUACAGACAAACCCAGAAAGAUUUUCAAGAGAUAUUUAGAAAAUAUUACAAAUUUCAGGCUUUGUGAUCAUGAAUCUUCAGGAGAAGUUGUCAGGCCUUAAAGGUCUGGUCUCGCACUCCCACAGCAGGCGGCGUCAUAAAGGUGACCUCACAGUGGACAUGAUCAGCCCUCCUCUGGGAGACUUCCGGCACACCAUGCACGUGGGACGUGGCGGCGAUGUCUUCGGGGACACCUCGUUCUUGAGCAACCACGGUGGCACGGCCAACGGAAGCAACGUAGAGACCGAUUCUGUGUCCUCACCUGACAACAAGAUCGGCGCGUUCUUCUCCAGGACGCUUCGGCACAUCAGGCGGGGCUCCGACAACCGACCCAGAGAGGGAGCAAAGGAUCUGUCCCCUCCGCCUCCUGCCGUGUCUCCCAUCAUCAAGAACGCCAUCUCCCUCCCCAGGCUGGAUGUGGAUAUGUCGAACGGGAGUCCCACCACCAAAGUGCUGUUCCCCAGUUCCACACCAGACGAUCAGAGGAGCUCGUAUGGUCUGGGGUCUGGAUUUGUCACUUUGCCUCGUCUCUCCCGCUCCGAGCGCCAGCAGCCAUCCAUCUCCUCCCCCGCCUCCUGCUCCGUCAACAUUCACCGCGGCUCCUUGACCGAUCCAACCGAUGUCAUCUUGUCCACCUGUUCAGCCUCUGUUGUGACCUCCGAACCCAAAUGGACCACUCGCACUGCGUACUCUGACUCCCUCCCAUCCCUCACCUCCCUGGACACCUUCACCUUCGACCUUGGCCCAUCCCUUCUGAGCGAGGUGUUCAGCCUGAUCGACAGCCGCCAAGAAGAGCCCGCUCCCACAUGGGAAGGAGAGGAGGUGGAGUCAGCAUGUGGUCCUGCCAGUGAUGGGUCGGAAAUGAGUUCUGCUACUAUUUCCUAUGUGGAUUCCUUGCUGAGGGAGGACUGUGGGGGCGGGAAGAGUUCAUAUGAAGCUGAGUGUGAGGAAGAGUGUCACGGGAAAGUACCAGAUGUGUUGUUGGGUUAUCCAGAGCGAGCCAGGAUAAGGAUGGAGAGCGAGAGGUUUCAGAGUGCUACAGAUGUACUGGCACGCCACUACGGCGUCAGCCUCUCAAAGUUACAGAACAAGAUGGAGGCUGGAGAUUCAGAGAUCCUGACCCAGCCCAAGAAGAAAAUAUCCUACACUUUCAUGGACGAUGAGGAUGAAAUCAAAGUCUGACAGGAAAGAAAAUCAAACAAAUUAAUUUCCUUUAAUUGGGUAAAUAAUUUUGUAUUUCCAAUUAAGCCUUCAAUAAUAGCUGGCAGGACCUGUUCUGCAAACAGCAACACAGACUCAGUGUUCAUAAUAAUCAGUUUUCCAUUUCUAUGCAACCCGCUCCAAGUAUGGCUGAAUGGAUCCGAGUAAGAAAAAAGAGACUCCGAAAGAACAGAAACAAAUCCGAGGUGUGCCAAAGAAAGUAGCUGAGAUCACCUUCAGGGUGAAAAAGACUUUAUGUGGAAGUUGCAAUCGCUUGGUUCUCCUCACACUUCCACUUCUGCAACAGGGACAUGUUCUGAGUCUAUAUCACCAAGGAGAACACAGAGAGGAACCCGACUUUUCACUCAGGAACAAAGUGCCAGGUCAGAAAAAGGGAACAGAAGCUCUUAAUAAGACUGAUCAGGAAUGUCUAAGAGGGUGCAGAAAUCUCCUACAUUUCCUAGAUCUGAAUGAUCACACUGAGGCACUGAGGGAACAUGCGAAGCAUUGUCUGUUUCCAGAAGCAUCUCCAGUCACGUUACAAACAAGCUUUAAUGUGUUUUAUUGGGAUUUUAUGUGACAGACCAGCACAAACCUAAGCAAUUUUAUUUAGGAGUGUCAGAGUAAAGGAGGUUGAAUACACAUGCAUGCCACACUUUUUAGAGUUUCCUGUUUAAAUGUUUUGAAGAACAUGCAUCACUUUCAUUCCUCGUCAUAAUUAGGAUCCAACCUGUGUUGGCCAGUCACAUGAACUCCACAUAAAACCCAGUUUGAGGUCAUGAAUGUGUCUCCAAGGCACCGAACCAUGUAAUUAUUCUUUAAUGCUGCAGAUCUUUUUAUAUAAACACAGUGUGCACCUUCUUUUAUUUUGAUUAUGGAGUCCUGUAUUGCCUUUUACAGAAGAUUUUCUAUGUUUUUUUACAUACCUGUACCUGAAGAUAUUACCUGACCUAUGAAUAUGUACUUUACAGUAUGAGCACCUGCAGUGCAUAGUGCAAUUCACGCCCGUAUGCAGCAUCAGUUAUAAAAAAUGAUUAUAUGAAUGGACAAUAAAGACAUUUUUAAUUAGA